UGUCGUCGGACGGGCCUCGUCGUCGUCGUCCUCGUCCUCGUCGUUAGCUGAAACUCUCUCGAGUGCACGCGUCGUCGUCGUAACCGUAAAAUGCGGGACAUUUGCCUGGCGGAUCGUUGCGACGCGCGUUGUUGUCCUCGGGCCAAACGCGACCUACCUAGCCGAGUUAUGUGAACGUCCUGCACCCCGGGACCCGGCUGUUCGUUCGCGCUAGCAUGAGCAUUUCUCAGGACAGCGCAGCCACGAUCUUGUGCAGGGAGGUCUUCGACGAGACGUCUCAUCCGUCGAACGAAGAGGUGCUCGACUAUGCGAGACGCCUGGGAAUCGACCCCGAUGCGGAACCGCACCUUCUGGUUCUUGCCCGGGAGGGCCUCAUGGCGGCCCUACCGAAGGGCUGGAAACCAUGCUACCACGAGGCCAGCGGAGCUUGGUACUAUUAUCAAGCUUCCACCGGAACCACCACCUGGGAGCAUCCACUGGACGCUGUCUACAAACAGCUGGUCAAGCAGGCCAGGGCUGGCAAUACCAGGCAAAUGAGCGUCGAGGAAGACUCGAAGACCACGGCCAAGGAACUCGAGUCUCACGAGGAGGCGACUCUUCCAAAGGAGACUUCCUCGAAGGAGACUAUAAAACACAAAACGAAUGUCGCUACCAGGAUCCCGACGAAAUUGGCGCCCUUGAAGAAGCUGGACAAAAACGAGGGCGCGCGCAAGAAGGACAACGGCCAAGAGAAACAUUCGAGACGAGAGAGCGACUCGAAGAUGGAGAAUCCCUUAGCGACUGACAGAGCUUCCAGAGAUUACACGAACCUCAGGUUCCAAGACCCAAAGUUCUACGAGUGUCCCAAACUUCUGGACAGCGCAUCCACCACCGCGAGUCCCAAACAGGAGCUGGAUCUAAAAGAGGUGCUAAAAAGAUCGGAGUCCCUCAGUCCCCGACACGAAAAGGACUGGGAACAGCUCUCCAGCAAGUUCAGCUCCGAGGAGAAUAUUAUAGACAUCGACAAAUUAAGCAUCACGGCACUGGCGAGAUCGGAGAGGCCUGAGAAGUUCGACAAGGAGAAACAUCCUAGUCAGUUUGGACAACAGAAGGAGCUGACUCUGAGCGGCGGAGGGACUAUGUUCCUGAAAAGCAACAGGAGCAGGGAUACUACUCCUAGCCAGGAAGGUGCUAAGUUGGACGACUUCCGCACUGUGGCGAUUGCUGACGAAGUGAAUAUCGUUGGAGAUAGGCUGAAGUCGAUACUCAGGGAGAAGCAGUCGGAGGAUGACGACAGACCAGUGGACGAAGAACGAAAGAGCGUCCGUUUCGACAUAGAGAAAGAAGUGGACAUCAAGUUCACCUAUUCCGGGUCCGAGGACGAGUGGGAGUCCGAAUCCGAGGAGCAGAACGUGCGAAUAUCCGCAGUGGUCUCGACCAAGCCCACUGGGUCGAUUCUGUCUUCUCAAAGACCGAGUUCCCAGAGCUUCGACGACGAGAACAAGGAGGACACCGAGAGCAAGCUCGACGAGGACACCAGAAAGAGCUCCUCCUCCGAGAAGGCCGAGCCUCCGAAGAACGGCAAGGUGGUCGGCAGAAGGUUCGUCGUUCAGAACGUCUCCGAAAACGAGCACCGCAGUCAAAUGGCCAGGGAGAGUCUGCGAAGAGACAGUCUGUCACGGGAGAGCAGUUUAGAUUAUGUGCCCAAUAACAAAUUCACGAAGAUAAAGAACAUCGAUCUGGUCUCGAGGAGCGAGACGGAUUGCAGCGUUGUGAAGAGCAGUGACUCCGACGAGAUCCGGAAGAGCAAGAAGACGGUGAAGCCUAAAAAAUCGGCGAUUCGUUUCACGAACGAUAAGCAGACCGACGAUGACGUCACGUCCGACUUGUCGAAAGUUAACCAGGAUGUGGAGCAGUCGCGGAGGGAGCGUUUGAAGGAGGAGCAGAACAGGAACUUCGACGAGGCGAGGGUGGGACUCAGCAAGGAGCAUCAGAAAGACAUAGAGGCUUUGAGGACGGACUUCCAGAACAAGCUGGAGCAGACGAAGAAGGAACUGGAGGAGAACUUCGUGGAACAGAAACAGCUGCUGCAGAAAAAUUUGAACGACAAGCUGGAGGAGUUGAAGAGAGAAAUGGCUGAGAAGGAGGAGCAGGAGAUCCAGAAACUGAUCGCCGAGAUGGAUAAGGCAAGGUUGGAGAACCUGAAGAAGGUGAAGGCAGAGCUGGAAGUGUGUUACGAAAAGGAGAGACAAGAGAUUUUAGCGAAUUUGAAGACUGAACUCGACGAGAGGAGAAAAGAAUUACUAGAAUUACGGAAUCAGGAGAUGGGGAAAUUAGAGAACGAAUACGAACGAGACCUAGGUGAGGAGAAACUCGCCAAACUGACCGAGUUCGAGCUGCGAAAACAACAUUCCGAGGAGAUCGAGGCCCUGAAGAAGAAACUCGACAGCGAAUUCGACGAUCUGCGCACCAAACUGCGGAUACAGCAAAGGGAGAAGAUCACGAAGAUCACGGAAGAUCAUGAGAAAUGUUUAGCGGAGAUAUUUCGCGACUUUAGAAUCGACGAGGAUCUCACCCGAAAGAUGUACAAGCAGCGUCUGGAGGAGAUCCAUGCGGAUUUCUCUCGCGACGCAGAGAAGGAAGCGAGGAAGCAGACGGAGCGAGCUCUCCAGCAGGACAGUAUAGAGUUCGAGAAAAUGCGUUGCGAGAAACGGCUGCUGCAGGACAAGUACAUGGCUUUAAAGGAGAAAUACGUGAAGCUGAAGACGGAGGUUCGUUUGGCGGUCGAGAGGAGGAGCAGAAGAAAGGAGGAAUACACCACUGCCUCGGAGACGGAGAGGUCAACGUCCACGAGGACCCGAACCGACAAGACCGAAUCGUCGGAACAAAAUACGCCGCUAAGGAACACGCGCCCACCCCCGGCGACGACGAGCGCGAAAGCGCACGAGACACAAACCACGAAGGAGCAGACCGAGGAACACAAGUCGGACGACUCGGUUCAGAAGGUUCAGAAUUCGGGGUUUCAGAAGAGUGGAGCGGCGUCGAUCUCGAAGACGGUCGCCGCCCGAGUCGAGUCCGACGACACGACCACCGCCAGCGAGAUGAACGCGAACAUGAUGAUGAAGAGGAAGAAGAACUUCAGCAAGAAGACCAGCGCCGCCAGGGCCAGCUCUGGCAACAACAACAACAACAACCUCGAGAACCCGGUUGAGAACAUCAGGAAGCAGCUGGAGAAGCUGGAGGAUCUGGGCGAUCAGCUGCCCAGCAAUGAAACGGCCUACACGCUGCGGUAUCCUUUCCAGGACAAAGCGCUGGCGAACGCCUCCUCGGAGCUGGAGUUCUUCCGGCACCGAAUCCACGUCGAGAGGGAUUCCGUGAGAAGGGCUCGAGAGGCGCUCCGACACCAAGAGAACGCAUUCCACGGGCGACAGAGGGCUUGGAAGCAACGUAGCGCCAGGGCAACCCUCGAGCAAUUGGUUCAGGAGGAACGGGAACUUUCGGAAAUGGAGGUGAGCCUACAUCGAACCAGAAGUCUUUUAGGUGAGAAGGUGAUUCAUCUGAGGCAUCUGGAACAAUCCUUGGAGAGAGUGGCGAGUGCCAAAAGGAACGAAAACGACCCAACUUCGACGAGAAACGACGAACUAACGUUGAGCGACAUGUCCAGCGCCAGCAGUGGCUUCAGUUCAACGGAUCUGGGAACGGACACGUUCAUAGACAAACCGGAUCACUACCAGGAGUCGACGGAAAUCAUCGCAAGCCUGGAAAACCUAAACUCAGAGAUACGUGAGAUCUGGGGCGUGCUGAACAAACGUUUGGACACUAACACUCCACCGCCGCCCACUUUGAUGUACUCUUAUUUGCGAUGGCUACGUUUUCACCACCUUGCAGCACAAUCAAACAGCGUACAAGGAACGUUUGGUACCCCGAAUAUCCAGUCGAACAUCCUGUCCCAGCUAACAGCCACGCAACCACCGGUGACCACCACGCAGAACAUAAUCGCCCAGUACGGUCCUAACAGCGGUUUCACGACCAGCGUCGGCACCGUCGACAAACCCACUUCAAACUUAAUGGAAAGAACAUGGAACCUGCGUGAUUGGUUGCGGCAAGCCUGCGCAGAGAGCACCGAUUUGAUCAGUCCAGGUCAAGCGACUCUGUAAACGGCGAUCGUCCGUCGAUUCGUUUCCAGUUGCUUCCUAUACUUCUUCUUCAACGAUAGUUUCGAUUCGCGUUUUUGGAAACGAACUGGAUUUCGUCGUUUCGAACCUCUAGUCAGGUCACUGGCUGACCUUGAACCUCGUCUCCGCUUGCUCCUACCAAAGACUGCAGUGUGCAGAAAUCGUUCAGCCUAAAAGGCAAUGGACUCUUGGUGAAAUCGUGAAUGAACUUGUGAAUGGGCUCUCCUGUAAAUAAUUUCCUAUACAGGUUCCGUUCCUUUCUCGAUAGUUUAUAUUUUCGGGCUGGAUUUUUCUGCGAGUGUAUAUGGACUCUCGUUAUAUUGCCGAGUUGUGGAUUUUCAUUGCGAUCUUGCAGCCAUAGGCUUGAAGGGCAAUAUAACGAGAGUCUACUACAUGUAUACGUACAGGUUAGAUUCACCUCGUCAAGUCUAACCCGAACCUAAAAUCAAAACUAGUGUAUUUGCCUAAAGUCGGGUGAAUUUAACGUCUGAGCUCUCUGGUGAGAUUGUCUCUCGAAUGCCAAAGUUCGGUGUUAACCCUCGAGGGUCACGUUUUAAAUUUUGUUGACAGACUUUUAAGAAUUUGACCAGCUUUUAUUUCCAUGAAUGAACCUUCGAGGGUUAAACGGUGUUCCUAGAAUCCAGAGGCUACCCGCAAUUAAUUUCUAGAGUUCGACAUUACCGGGAAACGUAGCUCGCAAUAAUCCUGAUCUCAUUAGAUGUAGUUAGAGGCCCAAAGUUAACGCGUUCAUUUCCAAGUCUUGGCAAUCGGUGAACGCGUUAAUUUCGCGAGAAACCUUGUUUUUAUAAUCGUUGUUCCCCUUUACUUGUUACUCUCGUUGCUGUUUCUCGUCGAACUUUGUUUCGCUUGUACUCAUAUUAAUCGACUAAAGUCGAGUUUAGGUGAUUUUGUAUAUGGAUAAAGGAGCACGUAGAUAUUCGAAAUCGUAGACAUACGGUUGUAUCUGAGUUAAAUAGAUAAUCUUCAUUAGCGCCGUCCUUGCGAAUCGUACAAGCAUCCGUUUCGUUUAUUAGAGAAAUAAUUGCUACGUGAAUUUUUAUGAUCGUUUGAAAGGUGCUUCGUCAGUGCAAUAAUUUUACGAUGCGUUGCUGGAUAUCGUUUUUUCUCUAUCUUUAACCGAAGUUUGUUGAAUCACGAAACAAUAUUUAAAGUGUUGUUUAAUCUCGUAUCGGGAAGCCGUUCGCGAAACGAUUCGAAGCACAAGUUUAUUUUAAACAUUGAACAGGCCCAUCUUGGUUCGAAGAAUCGAUUUGCAUUUCAUUCCUUUUCUAUUUCAUUUGAUACGCACGUGUAAAGUUGCGGCAGAUACGUACACAAGAUAUUCGAUAAAUUAAUUUUGGAAUACCUUGUAUAUUCUGUAAUAUAAUAUAUAUUUGUAUGGACGCAAAUAUAUAUACUAUACAAACUAAUACCACGAUUCUCUUUUCAUCGAGGGUGAAAAAUUGUUAGCGAGAAGAAACAAUGGUUAAUGAUUGUUUCGAUAACUUGUACAGGGUGUCCACGAAUGAAAGGAUACUAUUUCCUUUUAAAUCAACUUCUGCAAGAAUAUUUAUUUAAAUCCGACCUAUCAAAAUUUCCGUUCGAUUUAAUUCAGAUCAGUAUCCUUUCUUCCGAGGACACCGUAUAUACAAUAAAACUAUUAUGUCAUUUAGACCAAUGAAUUUCUCAAACCUAUCAAAGACUGUUUAAUAUACCUAGAUCUUAUAUUGUUACAACCCCUUAGUUUAAUUGAACUAUUUUGAUGAUCAAAAUGUGAAACAUGCUAUACAUAUACUUAAAUAAAACUGA